GGGGGGCGGCUUUGGAGUCGCCUUCCAGGUAGACGAGAGCAAAUGGUCAGCCGCGAGCCGGGGAUUAUGUCACUGGUGCGAGGCAGGAGCUCCGAAACGCUGCCUGGCGGGGCUGAUUGACAGCCGGGCCGGGAAGGCAAGGCUAUAAAAGGCGGCAACCUCCCGCCGAAAGCCACUGGAGAGGAUCCGAGCCGCUGCUGCCCCGCGCAGGGAGCCCGCAGCUUUUGGCCCCUGCCUUGUCCCCGGUGGCUUCCACUUGCUUUCCCCGUUGGAUUUGACUGGGAAUUUUCCAAAGGGCAAGAGCAUCACUGCAGCCUUGCAUGCCAGGAGUUAUGCUACUGAGGAGCAGCCUGUUGUGGCUAACCUUCUUGUUGACUCUGUGGGCUACUUCAAAUGCUCAAGAUGGUGACAAGGAAGAGGAGACUACAUUCGACUUGGUUCAAAUCAGUAACAUAAACCGAAAGACAAUUGGAGCAAAAGUAUUUCGGGGUCCAACUCCCACUACCCCGGCAUAUCGUUUCAUUCGAUUUGACCACAUACCUCCAGUGAAUCCAGAGAAAUUAAAGCAGAUUAUCAAGCUCUUACGGAAAAAUGAGGGCUUUAUUCUUUCAGCCACCCUGAGGCAGGACAGGCAAUCUAGAGGCACCAUCAUUGCUUUAGAAGGUCCUGGCACCACCCAGAGGCAGUUUGAGAUUAUUUCCAAUGGCCGAGCCAACACUCUGGACCUCAUCUAUUGGGUGGAUGGCUCCCAGAAUGUGAUUUCUUUGGAAGAUGUGGACCUAGCAGACUCACGGUGGAAGAACAUCACAGUUCAAGUAACAGGAGAGAACUACAACCUUUAUGUUGGCUGUGACCUUAUUGACAGCUUUAUCUUGGAGGAGCCUUUCUAUGAGCAGCUGAAAGCAGAGAACAGUAGAAUGUAUGUGACAAAAGGGUCCAUUCGAGAGAAUCACUUCAGGGGUCUCCUUCAAAAUGUUAAUUUAAUAUUUGACACUUCAUUAGAAGAGGUUCUACGUAAAAAAGGAUGCCAGAAGAGCCAGACAAUUGAAGUGAACACCAUCAAUGAGAGUACUGAGAUCCUUCACCUCAGCCCUGCUGUCACAACUGAGUACGUUGGUGAAAAAACAGAGAAGAAGGCUGAGUUCUGUGAUCGUUCCUGUGAAGAGCUGGGGACUAUGUUCACUGAGCUCACUGGGUUGCGUGUUGUUGUUAACAACUUAGUUGAUAACCUUCAGAAAGUGUCUGAGGAGAACCAAAUCAUGUGGGAAUUGAUUGGACCUAACAAAACUCUCAAGAACCAAUCAGUCUGCUGGCAGGAUGGCCGCGUGUUUGCAGAUAAUGAAAUCUGGACGGUGGAUAGCUGUACCAAAUGUACUUGCCAGAAUUCUAAAAUUGUGUGCCAUCAAAUCACCUGCCCAGCAGUGUCUUGUGCCAAUCCAUCAUUUAUUGAAGGUGAAUGCUGUCCUGUCUGCUCUCAGUCUGAAGACAGUGAAGAAGGCUGGUCUCCAUGGUCAGACUGGACCAAAUGCUCAGUGACAUGUGGCUCAGGAACUCAGAUGCGAGGCAGGUCAUGUGAUGUCACCAGGAGUUCUUGCACAGGUCCACACAUCCAGACAAGAAUGUGUAGCUUCAAAAAAUGCGAGCAUCGCAUACGUCAAGAUGGUGGCUGGAGUCAUUGGUCUCCUUGGUCUUCCUGUUCCGUGACCUGUGGAAUAGGCAACAUCACCCGCAUCCGUCUCUGCAAUUCUCCCAUCCCACAGAUGGGUGGGAAAAACUGUGAAGGAAAGGGCCGUGAAACAGAGAAAUGUGAGAAAGUCCCAUGUCCAAUAAAUGGUCAGUGGGGUCCAUGGUCUCCAUGGUCUGCUUGCACAGUCAGCUGUGGAGGAGGGAUCCAUGAGAGGUCUCGGCUUUGUAACAGCCCAGAGCCCCAGUAUGGAGGAAAACCAUGUGUGGGAGAUGUCAAGCAACAUGAUAUAUGUAAUAAGAAAGAUUGCCCAAUUGACGGGUGUUUAUCAAAUCCUUGCUUUCCUGGAGCGGAGUGUAACAGUUACCCUGAUGGGUCUUGGUCAUGUGGGGCUUGUCCUUCUGGAUACCUUGGUAAUGGAACAGUCUGUGAGGAUCUUGAUGAGUGCAUAGCUGUGCCAGAUGUGUGCUUUAAGGUCAAUCAGGCCCAUCGCUGUGUGAAUACAAAUCCAGGUUUUCAUUGCCUGCCAUGCCCGCCACGCUACAAGGGAACUCAGCCUUUUGGAGUGGGUCUGGAGGUUGCCAAGACAGAAAAACAGGUGUGUGAACCUGAAAAUCCAUGCAAAGACAAAACACACCAAUGCCACAAAUCUGCAGAGUGCAUCUACCUGGGCCAUUUCAGUGACCCUAUGUACAAGUGUGAAUGUAGAACAGGAUAUGCUGGUGAUGGGCGAAUCUGCGGUGAAGAUUCUGAUUUGGAUGGUUGGCCCAAUAAAAACCUGGUCUGUGCUGCUAAUGCUACCUACCAUUGCAUCAAGGAUAACUGCCCCCUUCUGCCUAACUCUGGACAGGAAGACUUUGAUAAGGAUGGCAAAGGAGAUGCCUGUGAUGAAGACGAUGACAAUGAUGGCGUAGAGGAUGACAAAGACAACUGUCCUCUUCUGUUCAACCCACGUCAAUUUGAUUAUGACAAGGAUGAAGUUGGUGACCGCUGUGAUAACUGUCCUUAUGUGCAUAAUCUUGCCCAGAUUGAUACAGAUAAUAAUGGCGAGGGUGAUGCUUGUGCUGUGGAUAUUGAUGGAGAUGACAUUUUUAAUGAACGAGAUAAUUGUCCAUAUGUCUACAACACAGACCAGCGGGAUACAGAUGGUGAUGGAGUUGGAGAUCAUUGUGAUAACUGUCCAUUGAUGCACAAUCCUGAUCAGACUGACAUGGAUAAUGAUCUGGUUGGUGACCAGUGUGACAACAAUGAAGAUAUUGAUGAAGAUGGUCACCAGAACAACCAAGAUAAUUGUCCCUAUAUCCCUAAUGCUAACCAGGCUGAUCAUGAUAAGGAUGGCAAAGGGGAUGCUUGUGAUUCUGAUGAUGACAAUGAUGGAGUUCCUGAUGACAGGGACAAUUGUCGUCUCAGGUUCAACCCUGACCAGGAGGACUCUGAUGGUGAUGGCAGAGGUGAUAUCUGCAAAGAUGACUUUGACAAUGACAGCAUCCCAGAUAUUUAUGAUGUGUGCCCUGAAAAUUAUGACAUCAGUGAAACUGAUUUCAGAAAGUUUCAAAUGGUCCCCUUGGAUCCCAAGGGUACAGCUCAGAUUGACCCCAACUGGGUUAUUCGCCACCAGGGCAAAGAACUGGUUCAAACUGCCAAUUCUGAUCCUGGCAUAGCUGUAGGUUAUGAUGAGUUCAGCUCCGUUGACUUCAGUGGCACCUUCUACGUUAAUACAGACCGUGAUGAUGAUUAUGCUGGGUUUGUGUUUGGCUAUCAGUCAAGCAGUCGAUUUUAUGUUUUGAUGUGGAAGCAAGUCACCCAGACCUAUUGGGAGGACAAGCCCACCAGGGCUUAUGGUUAUUCUGGCGUGUCACUGAAAGUAGUGAACUCCACGACUGGUGCUGGUGAGCACUUAAGAAAUGCUCUCUGGCACACAGGAAAUACACCCGGACAGGUUCGUACAUUGUGGCAUGACCCCAAGAACAUUGGCUGGAAAGAUUAUACUGCCUACAGGUGGCAUUUGAUUCACAGGCCUAAAACAGGUUUAAUAAGAGUUUCUGUGUAUGAGGGGAAACAGGUCAUGGUUGACUCUGGACCAAUAUAUGAUAUGACCUUUGCUGGUGGAAGAUUAGGCCUUUUUGUCUUCUCUCAAGAAAUGGUCUACUUCUCUGACCUCAAAUAUGAAUGCAAAGAUUUCUAAACAAUGGGUGUUACGUUACCAGCAAAGUACUGUAGAUGCUGUGCAACCUAGACACCUCAGCACAUUCUGGUACUUCCAAUUUCUGUCUUUGUGUACCUCCUCUUCCUCUGGCCUUCUGUUCAACCAACCUUAUACCUCCUGGCUGCCAGGCAUGGCUCAGCCAAUCCUAGACCAAAGUGCCUUCUCAGUACUAAGACUCAUGGGACCUAAAUGUGAGCGUCAAACCCACCACUGAAGCAAAAGCAGAUUGAUACAUUAGGACAUUUUUGUAGGGUGAAAACUUAGCAAGACUUGUUUGUUUGUUUAUUUUUUAAAAAAAGGAAUGACGUUUACAUAUAAAGUGUAAUUACUUGAUGUAUUUAUAUAUAUAUGGAGGAAAGGGAGAUAAUGAAUAUCAUCCAUUGUCUUAAAAUAAGGAAAAAAGUGUUAAAACCACUUUUUAUAUGUAGGGUUGACACUUUGCUUGCUCUGAUCAGGGCGUGACUUCACUAACACAC